CCGUCAAAACCCUCCCACUCUCUUCUCCGCCCAAAAAUCUCAAAAACCCAAAACCAUGUCCUCCAAAUGGCCCGCCAUCCAGCACCGCCACAAGUACACCUACAACACCGUCGUCUUUCCCGCCUCCUUCACCGACUCCCUUACGUCACUCCCCCCUCAAUUCUCCGCCUCCAAAUUCUUCUCCCAAUUGACCUCCCUCGUCUCCCUCAACUCCACCUACGCCCAGCUCCACCACACCAAAACCCUCUCCUCCUCCUUCGCCGACGAAUCCCUAGUCUCCCAAGCCGCGCCGUUCUACCUCGAGCUUCUCUUCCUCGAGAACUCCCUCCCUCUCCACAAGACCCUAGUCGCGGCGCUUGCCAAGGCCCGGAGCUUCCAGUCGCUGAUCGGAGAAUGCUUCCGGCGCCUCUGCGAGGACUAAGGCGGCGGCGGGAAGGGGAGGCGGUUCUGCGUCUCGAGGGCGGCGCUGUCGGUGAUGGGGAUGCCGAAGCUGGGGUUUCUGGUGGAUGAUGAUGUCUGUUGUGCUGUCACGUCAUUUUUGAAGUGUUUCCUUGAGCACUUGCGUGACGAGUGUUGGAGCAGCAAUGGUAUUGAAGGCGGUUACGCAGUUUAUAGAUACUCUUUUCUUGAAUCCCAUGACGGCUAGUUUGCCUUCCCAGUUAGAACUCAUGUUAUUAAAGGAAGCAGUCCCACUGAACAUGAGGUGUUGCUCUACAGGUUUUCAAAUGAAAUGGAGUAGCUUGUUUAGAAAGUUCUUUUCUCGGGUCAGAACAGCCUUGGAGAGACAAUUCAAACAGGGAAGCUGGCAACCCAUUUUAGAUAACAACAAUGGAAAACAUCUUUCAAAUGGAAAUGAGAGCACUGAAGCUAACAGAGCAAGUGAUCUUUUCCAUUUCAUGAGAUGGUUAAGCUCAUUUCUAUUUUUCUCAUGCUAUCCAUCGGCCCCUUAUCAGAGAAAAAUGAUGGCCACACAGCUCAUUCUGAUAAUGCUUAAUGUUUGGUCCAUUGUUCCUGCUACUGAAGAAAAAAAUGGCUCUGUAUUUUUAGAAGGCUGUCUCCAUCCUUAUAAUAAAGGAACCACAUCACCUGCUUCAACGUUGUUGUUAGUUGGAUCAAUAAUUGAUAGUUGGGACAGGCUAAGAGAUAGUUUCUUUCGGAUACUGUUACACUUUCCAAAUCCACUUCCUGGAAUUUCAGAUGAAUAUAUGGUCCAGAUUGUGGUAUCUUGGGCUAAGAGAUUAGUUUGCAGUCCAGGUGUGAGAGAAAGUGAUGCUGGAGCUCUGGUGUUAAGGCUAAUUUUAAGUAAGUAUGUCUUACAGCUAGGAUGGACUGUUCAAGCUUCAGUUAGUGUAGUUUGCGUUCGAUCAAAUUCUGGAUUGGAAAACAGAGAUGGUCAGGCUUAUAAUUCUCGGCAACCUGUGAUUGAGUAUAUUAGAUCGCUGAUUGAUUGGUUAGAUGUUUCCAUAGAGGUAGGGGAAAGGGAUCUUUCAGAAGCAUGCAAAAGCAGCUUUGUACAUGGAGUUCUACUCACACUACGAUAUACUUUUGAGGAGUUAGACUUCAGGUCUGAUGGAGUACUGUCUAAUAUUUCAGAGAUGAGGCAUCUAUUAGAGAAACUUUUGGAGCUUGUGAUGCGAAUAACUUCUCUGGCACUUUGGGUGGUUUCUGCAGAUGCUUUGCAUUUGCCUGAAGACAUGGAUGAUAUGGUUGAUGAUGGAGCUUUCUUGUCUGAGGUUCCAGAAGUGGUGGAAGCGAAAUCAUGUCAGUUGGAGCAUAACGACAAUAACUCCACACUUUUGCAGGAUAAUAGGCGAUCAGAACAAACUGUAAUGGUUGGUUGCUGGCUUGCGAUGAAAGAGGUGAGUCUUCUUUUGGGAACUACUGUUAGGAAGGUUCCUUUACCAAGUAACCCUUCCUCAGAACCAUUACGUGUAGAAGGCACCUCUUGUGCUUCUGGAGUUCCAUUUAUGAUGGUCUCGGAUGCAAUGCUUGAUUUGAAACAACUUGAAACAAUUGGGAAUCACUUUUUAGAAGUCCUCCUUAAAAUGAAGCAUAAUGGUGCGAUUGAUAAAACAAGGGCUGGAUUUACAGCUCUUUGCAACCGUUUACUUUGCUCAAACGAUCCUAGGCUUUGUAAGUUAACAGAAUCCUGGAUGGAGCAACUUAUGGAAAGAACUGUGGCCAAAGGUCAAGUAGUGGAUGACUUGUUAAGGAGGAGUGCAGGUAUUCCUGCAGCAUUUACAGCUUUAUUCCUCUCGGAGCCUGAAGGUGCACCUAAGAAACUUCUCCCCCGGGCCUUGCGGUGGCUAAUAGAUGUUGCUAAAGAGUCCUUCCUGGACCAAUUUGAGAGCAACAGUGACAUGCAUAAAUUUACUCCAGCAAAGUCCGACAAUAAUUUUGAUUCUGCACUGCUAUCAGAGAGAAAUAUAAGUGUGUCAAAAAUACGGGAUGAGGGUGUCAUUCCUACCGUUCAUGCAUUCAAUGUCCUUAGAGCUGCUUUCAAUGACACCAACCUGGCUACUGAUACAUCAGGGUUUUCUGCUGAGGCUAUGAUUAUUUCGAUUCGUUCCUUCUCUUCUCCCUACUGGGAGGUUCGGAACAGUGCUUGUCAGGCAUACGCUGCUUUUGUUCGUCGCAUGAUUGGAUUCCUUAAUGUCCAGAAACGGGAGUCGCAAAGGCGUGCACUAACUGGGGUCGAAUUUUUUCAUAGGUAUGCAUUCUAUAAUUCCCCUCCCCUCAGUUGGUUAAUGCUGUUCACAUUCUUGAAUUUUAUUAUAUUAGAAGUAUAAUUAUCCAGGAAAGUAUAAAAUUUGUCAUAAUUGAGCUGGAAGUUUAAUUUGACAUCACAAGUUUAAUUUGAGCAAACACGAUAAUAAUUCGGCCUUUUUCCAUUUAAAAAGAUGCACGAUUUGCAAGUUCCACUUUGUUUGUGGGC